AUGGCCCAUGAUCAUCGCUCUCACUGGACAGCGUUUUUGCCACUCAUGCUUCUGGGCAUCCGUGCCGCCUACAAACCGGACCUCAGCUGCAGCUCCGUCCAGCUCGUCUACGGCUGCACCCCCUUGCGCCUUCCCGCUGAGUUCCUCACCCCACAAGAACGAGAACUCCAGCCUUCCGCGCUGCUCGAUCGCUUGUGGCAUGCCUUUGAUAACUCUGCCCAGUUCCCACGCGUGCAAACUCUUCAGCUCAGCCCUACAUUCCGCAGGAGUUAUCCACCGCCACCCACGUUUUCCUCCGUUCCGACGCCAUCAAGAAAUCUCUUUCCCCCUUAUCCUGUACUUGAGAAAUCGGACAAGAUCUUCCGUAUAGCCAUCAACGGCAGGCACGAUACGGUCACUGUCGAUAGGCUGAAACCAGCCUUUUUGGAGAACCCUAACCUUGUCGCCUCGUCGCUCACCGGCCCAUCGCCUGUAUACGCUGCUUCCACCAGCUCCACCAAGCGCGUCGUUUCCAGCGGGGGGGGGGUGCCCUGUAGCGACACACAGCAGAAGAUGAAGUUGAUGCGCCACCAGCAGCACAUCGCAAAGCCCGAGCUUUAA